AAAGAUUUCCCAAGUCCGACGCACCGAUGUGUGGCCUAGAAUUUACAAAGCAAAGAGGGAAAAUAGUAAGUUCAUUGACCUCCCUCAUUUUUGUUUUCCCUUUCGCUCUCCAGCAAAUUACGUUCAUAAAAAACUUAUAGAAUUCUGAGCUGCAUACUUUUUUUUAUGUGAACAGUAAUUUUAUAAGUAAAUAAUUACAAGUAAUUUUUAUAAAUAACAAUUAAUUGCCGAGUUAAAGGAUGGAGUUAAAUUACGAAAUUUUAAAUUUACAAACGCUUCCUGUUGUCCCAAUUCAUCGCCGAGAGAUUGUCGUUCGAGGUCCCGCACCACCGUUCUGUCGAGUACUGACGGUGCCGGAAAGACGUGGGGCAAACGUUGAUGGAGGAGUGGAAGCAAUAAAAAAUACUUUUUAUGGGAUUGCCAGACCAGCUGAACAAAUUGUAGAAAAUGCUCCAAUUUACAGUAACCCCGAAAUCUUGUCCCAAGAACCUCCAUCAUAUAAUAGGGACCCUCCUCUUUGUCAAGCUGAACGUGACGUUGCUGUUGACAUGAUUCAAAGAGCUGGACCUGAUGGAAUUGAUGUAUUGGGGAGAGAUUUACAAUUGGUUUGGAUGCCAAAGUGUCCUAGAGGUUGGGGUCAAUCAGUUAAACGGGUGUCAGACCAACUUAGUGUAAAACGAGCGGUAGGAGUUAGAAAAAAUGGAUCCUUCAAUUACAAAUAUGAUCCAAUUUGCACAUAUUUAGAUUGCUUCAACUAUAUUGGAACACGGGUGGCUGAAGAGAAUCCAAAAUGUGUUUUGCAUAAAGGACCUUAUACUGGCUUCGUGGUAUUCGAAUAUGAAAUACUGUCUCAUCCACCACUUUCUGUUCUUCAAACUAUUGAACACCGAUUUGUUUCAUUCACGUAUUUAAACGACUCUACGAGAGAAGAGCACAUGAGAAUUGGAAUGCAGAAUUUCACUCAAUCACUUGGGCAAGAAGUAAGAAGACAAUUCUUCAAUGCUCGAGAGGAUGCUGAGAAAACUUAUGCUCUCUGGAAAACUUCUGCAAUGUUUAUGCAACUUCACUCUCCGUCAUCAUUCAGGUAUAAGGGUGUGUCCAUUUCAUUGGCAAUUGGAUUAGAAGAUCAGCUUAAGCAAGAAUUAAGAACAAGAUAUGGACUUCAGCUCGAAGUCACAGCCAUCCUUCAGGAUGAAGGAGAAAGUCGCAAGAUUUCAUUUCCAUUUGGUAUAGAAGCACGAGAAACGGAUAAAUUGGCAGAUUUGGUCAGCUCCACCCACGGUGCUCUCUACGUUAUCUGUGAUGAUAAGAUCAUGUAUGGUGGUCAAUGUAUUGAUAAAGGAGGCUGUCUCCAUCGUGCUACUGACUUGAACGACACAAUCAACAACUAUAAGCGAUUGACUGGUGGAAAUCCACAGCUCAUCCCCAUUGCCAGCGUACAAAAAGGAGUGAAGUCCCGAAACUUGUUUAAGAUGGAGUCUCAUCUCCAUGUCGCAUUAUACCUGGCUUAUCUAUUUAGGUUGAGAAACCCAUUUCACCAAAACUACCAACUCUAUCACCCAUAUUCUAUCAACAAAGAGACUAACUCUAAUUUCGAUAAUCUUUCGUGGAAUAUGAUUCAGCAGUUUGUGUUUCGGAAAUUUGGCGUUAAAAUUGAGCUUUGUCAUGCAUAGAUAUAAAUGUUUAUCAAUUGUUGCUUAUAAAAUGCUUAAAUAAUAAUAAUAAAUAAUAAUACUUACAUAAAUAUAACCGCAUG